AUGAAAUUCCUUUCACCUACAUACGAACCGCAUAACAUUAUAAAUAAUUCCCUUACUGUUCAUGCUUCAAUUGUUGCUGCUACAUAUGUAGAUAAUGGAAUGCGGGAACUUUUAUCCAGUUUUCCGUUUUGGUAUAAUAUAACAUCACAUAUUCUCUCAUCCUCUCUGGCCCUAUGUUGCGCUUUACUUGUUGAUGCGAAAAGUUUUCCUUUACAUUCGAAAAGCUUGUCUGAGUAG